GUCCCGGGUCCUACCCUGGCCUCGGUCUAACCCUGGCCCGGAUCCUACCCUGGCCCGGGUCCUACCCUGGCCCGGGUCCUACCCUGGCCCUGGUCUAACCCUGGCCCUGGUCUAACCCUGGCCCUUGUCCAACCCUGGCCUCGGUCCAACCCUGGCCCGGGUCCUACCCUGGUCCUGGUCCAACCCUGGUCCUGGUCCUACCCUGGUUCGGGUCCUACCCUGUCCCUGGUCUAACCCUGGCCCGGAUCCUACCCUGGCCCGGGUCCUACCCUGGCCCGGGUCCUACCCUGGCCCUGGUCCUACCCUGGCCCUUGUCCAACCCUGGCCCUGGUCUAACCCUGGCCCUGGUCUAACCCUGGCCCUGGUAGCGGAUGGCCGUUGCUGUUGCUCUUUUAUCAUAUUUUUAAACUCAUUUGGGAGUUUUCUGUGCAUCUGUGAGCGUCCUGCUGCCGUUUGAAGGCUACUGAGACUGUUUCUGGACUUGGAGAGUUUUGUUGGCCUCACCACUCAUGUGAUCGACGAAGCAGCCGGGGUGUUUGUUGACAGACAGACUUAAGGCCCAGUCAUGUGUUGUAGGAGCUGUGAGGAAGGUUUGUGAACGCUGCCUGUGUCUGCAGACACAAUGAGAUGGUUCUGCUCCGGAGAUCCUUGCUGGAUCAGUGAAUGUCCGGUCUUGUGGUGUGUGGCUGGAGGCAUCCAGAACAACCAGCAGACUCACAGGAUGAGCUGGAGCUUGUUCUGAAGACAAGAUGAACCGGGAGUUGGAGUAUAUGUUUGUUCAAGCGGCUCGAGUUUGGAUCCCUGAUGCAGAGGAUGUGUGGAAGUCUGCAGAGCUCAUAAAGGACUACAAAAAUGGUGAUGCUUCCCUGCAGCUCCUGCUGGAGGAUGGAACGAACCUCGAGCUCAAGCUGGACCCCAAAACUAACAACCUGCCUUACCUGCGAAAUCCUGACAUCCUGGUAGGAGAGAAUGACCUCACAGCUCUCAGCUACCUCCAUGAGCCGGCCGUGCUCCACAACCUCAAAGUCCGCUUCACUGACUCAAAGCUCAUCUACACCUACUGCGGAAUCGUUCUUGUGGCCAUCAACCCGUACGAGUCUCUGCCCAUCUACGGCUCAGACAUCAUCAAUGCCUACAGCGGCCAGAACAUGGGAGACAUGGACCCGCACAUCUUCGCCGUGGCAGAGGAGGCUUACAAGCAGAUGGCCCGAGACGAGAGGAACCAGUCGAUUAUUGUGAGCGGGGAGUCGGGAGCAGGAAAAACCGUAUCAGCCAAAUACGCCAUGAGAUACUUUGCUACAGUCAGUGGUUCUGCUAGCGAUGCUAACAUAGAGGAGAAGGUUCUAGCAUCCAACCCCAUCAUGGAGGCCAUUGGGAACGCUAAAACCACUCGGAACGACAACAGCAGCCGUUUUGGGAAAUAUAUUGAGAUCGGCUUUGACAGUCGAUAUCGAAUCAUCGGAGCCAAUAUGAGGACCUAUUUGUUGGAGAAGUCCCGGGUGGUGUUUCAGGCGGAUGAGGAGAGAAAUUAUCACAUCUUCUAUCAGCUGUGUGCGGCAGCUCACCUGCCCGAGUUUAAGAAUCUGAGGCUGAGCAGUGCAAAUGACUUCUUGUACACCAGGCAGGGCCGCAGUCCCGUCAUCGAUGGUGUGGAUGAUGCUAAGGAGCUUUGCACAACCCGUCAUGCCUUUACACUGCUGGGUAUUAACGAAUCCAGCCAGGUGGGUUUGUUCCAGGUUCUGGCUGCGAUUCUCCAUCUAGGAAAUGUGGAGAUAAAGGAACGAGACUCAGACAGCAGCCUUAUUCCUCCCAACAAUCGCCACUUGACGGCGUUCUGUGAGCUGGUGGGCGUGGCCUACCAGGAUAUGUCCCAGUGGCUGUGCCACAGGAAGCUAAAGACAGCCACAGAGACCUACAUCAAGCCCCUUCCUCGUCUCCAGGCCACCAAUGCCCGCGACGCCUUGUCCAAGCAUGUUUAUGCUAAACUCUUCAACUGGAUUGUUGAGCAUGUCAACAAGGCUCUGGUCACCAACGUUAAACAGCACUCCUUCAUCGGAGUGCUGGACAUCUACGGGUUUGAAACGUUUGAAAUCAACAGCUUCGAGCAGUUCUGCAUCAACUACGCCAACGAGAAACUCCAGCAGCAGUUCAACAUGCACGUGUUUAAACUGGAGCAGGAGGAGUACAUGAGGGAGCAGAUCCCCUGGACUCUGAUAGAUUUCUACGACAACCAGCCGUGCAUCAACCUGAUCGAGGCGAAGAUGGGCGUCCUGGACCUGCUGGACGAGGAGUGCAGGAUGCCAAAAGGUUCAGAUGACUCAUGGGCUCAGAAACUCUACAACACCCACCUGAAGACCUGCUCUCUGUUUGAGAAGCCGCGCAUGUCCAACCGCGCUUUCAUCAUCCAGCACUUUGCUGACAAGGUGGAGUACCAGUGUGACGGCUUCCUGGAGAAGAACAAGGACACAGUAAAUGAGGAGCAGAUCAACGUGAUGAAGGCCAGCAAGUUUGACCUGCUGGUGCAGCUGUUCCACGAUGAAGAGAAGGUAACCAGUCCCACGGGUCCGGUCCCUGGCACCGGGGGCCGGACCCGCCUCAGCAUCAAACCCGACAAGAGCCGAGACUCCAGCUGCAAGGAGCACAAGAAGACUGUUGGCUGUCAGUUUCGUAACUCCUUACAAAUGCUGAUGGGGACCCUGAACGCCACCACGCCGCACUACGUCCGCUGCAUCAAACCCAACGACUUCAAGCUGGCCUUCUCAUUUGACCCUAAGCGAGCCGUGCAGCAGCUCAGAGCAUGCGGGGUCCUGGAAACCAUCCGCAUCUCCGCUGCAGGAUUCCCAUCCAGGUGGACAUACCAGGAGUUCUUCAGCCGUUACCGGGUGCUGAUGAAGCAGAAGGAUGUCCUCCCUGACAUGAAGCUGACCUGCAAGAACGUUCUGGAGAAGUUGGUGGAGGACCAGGAUAAAUACCAGUUUGGUAAAACGAAGAUCUUCUUCAGAGCCGGUCAGGUGGCUUACCUGGAGAAGCUGAGAGCAGAUAAGCUGCGUGUCGCUUGCAUUCGUAUCCAGAAGACCAUCCGCUGCUGGCUGGCCCGUAAGAAGUUCCUGCGCAAGCGCGGCGCUGCCAUCACCAUCCAGAGGUUCACCAGAGGGUACCAGGCUCGCUGCCUGGCUAAGUUCAUGCGCCGCACCCAAGCAGCCACCAUCAUCCAGAAGUACCAGAGGAUGUGUGUGGAGAAGAAACGCUACCAGCAGAAGCAGGCGGCUGCUCUGGCCAUGCAGACCAUCCUCAGGGCGUACCAGGCUCGCCAGCUGUACCAGACGCUGCUGAGGGAGCACAAGGCCGUCCUGAUCCAGAAGCACAUCCGGGGCUGGCUGGCCCGCUGCUGGUACAAGCGCUGCCUCGAGGCCAUCGUCUACCUGCAGUGCUGCAUCCGCAGGAUGAGAGCUAAGAGGGAGCUGAAGAAGCUAAAGAUCGAGGCGCGCUCUGUGGAGCACUUCAAGAAGCUCAACAAAGGCAUGGAGAACAAGAUCAUGCAGCUGCAGAGGAAGAUCGAUGAGCAGAACAAAGACCACCGACUGAUCAGUGAGAAGCUUGUCGGGUUGGAGAGUUCCUACGCGACCGAGACGGAGCGGAUGCGUGCUGAGCUGAGCCGGCUGCGUGGGGUCGAGGAGGAUGCCCGAAGCCGAGCCAACCAGGUGUCGUCGCUGCUGGAGGAGCUGGAGAAGCUGAAGAAGGAGCUGAGCGUCACGCAGCAGGAGAAGAAGAGCAUCGAGGACUGGGCGCACACCUACAGAAACCAAAUGGAAAAGGUGCUGUCGGAGCUGAAGGACGAGAACGGGUCGCUGAAGAAGGAGAAGGACGACCUGAACAGGAGGAUUCAGGAGCAGAGUCAGCAGAUGACCGAGAAAAUGGCUCGUGCGAUCGCGCAAGAGACUCACCAGCUGGAGACGGAGCUGAACGAGGAGCGUUCUCGCUACCAGAACCUGCUGUCGGACCACCUCCACUUGGAGGAGAAAUACGACGACCUGAAGGAGGAGAUGGCCCGCUCCUCGAACAUGUCCAAGCCGGGACACCGGAGGACCGACUCCACCCACAGCAGCAACGAAUCCGAGUACACGUACAACUCCGAAUAUGCCGAGCUCGAGGAAGGUUCCCGCGCUGGAGAGGACAUGACUCGAGGCAUCGAUACUUCCCUGACUCUCAAGCUGCAGAAACGCGUUACGGAACUGGAGCAGGAAAAGCAAUCGCUGCGCAACGAGCUGGAGAACAAGGAGGAGCAGUUCCAGCGGGCUAGAGCCCGGGAUGAUGCCGAGUUCAGAAAGGCUCGUGGAGCAGAGCUGGAGUACGAGUCCUUGAAGCGUCAGGAGCUGGAGUCAGAGAACAAGAAGUUAAGACACGACCUGUCAGAGAUGAGGAGAAGUCUGCUCGCUGAUGCAGCUACCGGAGCUGGGGCUCCGGGCUCGCCAGCUUACAAAGUCCUCCUGGACCAGCUCAACGCUUCCUGUGAGGAGCUGGAGGUCCGCAAGGAGGAGGUGCUGAUCCUACGCUCCCAGCUGGUCAGCCAGAAGGAGGCCAUGCACCACAAGGAGACCAUGACGGAGCCGUCGGUGUUUGCUGAUGACGUGAACAAGCUGAAAGAUGCCGACGAGUUAAAACAAGCUUAUGUCGGACUCAAAGACACCAACAGGCUGCUGGAGCACCAGAUUCAGACUCAGAGGAGAACUUAUGACAGCGAGGUGGAGUUUCUGCGUGGAGAGCUGCAGAACGUGAAGGAGGAGAACAACCGGCAGCAGCAGCUGCUGGCCCAGAACCUGCAGCUGCCUCCAGAGGCCCGGAUUGAAGCUAGUCUGCAGCAUGAGAUCACACGGCUCACCAAUGAGAACCUGGAACUCAUGACCGACGACCCCACAGCAUCCCAGGAGGCUCGAGUCAUCAUUUUACGACGGAUGGUUGACCUCAUGGAGCAGCUGGAGAAGCAGGACAGGACCAUCCGUAAGCUGAAGAAGCAGCUGAAGGUUUAUUCCAAGAGGAUUGGUGAGAUGGGAG